AUACUAGCUUAGUACUCGCACCAAGAAGAAGCAUAAAAUUAUAAACAAUUAAGAAAAGAACAACAUUCCAUAAGGAUGAAAUUUCGUUUUUGUGGUGAUGGCGAUUGUCCCGAUUGGGUUUUAGCUGAAAUCAUAUCCACUUUAUCCAAUUUGAGCGUCGAUAGCUUGGAACAGUUGGCCCAACUGGUGGCCAAGCGCAUCAAUGGUGAGCCCUUUGAGGAAGCUGCCAUCAGAUCCCUCACCUCAACGGUAACGAAUGAUGGCAAAACAGCCGUUGCCUGCAUUCAUUAUAUGCUGACAAGUGCGGCACGUUAUAGCUGCACCGAUGUGAUCUUUAGCGAGGAAAUCCAACAGCUUGGCCUGCCCAAAGAACAUGCGGCGGCUAUGUGUCGCGUACUGCAAGCGCAUGCAACAGCGAUACGACAGAAACUUAUUGAUAAGGCAUUUAGAAUUAAUGAGCUGCAAAGCAUACGAAAUGUUACCUCGCUGGGCGAAACGCCUCCAAAUUGUGCCACCUUGGAACUGAAGAUCUCGCAGGAAUUAGUCGAUGGAUUACCGAAGGAUACCACGCAUAUUGUUAACAUUGAGUGCGCCCAGCUGGGAGCGCUGCUCGAUGAGAUGAAACUGGCCCGUGAUAUUAUGCUCAAAUAUGAGAAUAAAGAGAGUAUAUAGAUAUAGUACAAAAGUACUUAUUCUGA